AUGUCAGAACAAAAGAAGUCAUUACCCUUUGUGUACCAGUUUAUGGCUGGUGCAGUCGCUGGUGUGUCUGAAAUCUUGGUUAUGUAUCCUUUGGAUAUGGUAAAAACCGUGAUGCAAUUGCAAGUUUCCGGUGGAUCAGGACCUCAAUACAAGGGUGUUUUCGACUGUUUGAAACAAAUUGCUGCUAAGGAGGGUCCACGCCGUCUUUACAAGGGUAUUUCCUCCCCAAUUCUAAUGGAAGCUCCCAAGAGAGCUACCAAAUUUGCCUGUAAUGAUGAAUUCCAAAAGAUCUACAAGAAUCUUUUCGGUGUGGAUAAAUUGACUCAACCUUUAUCCAUCCUAUCCGGUGCAUCUGCUGGUAUUUGUGAGUCAUUCGUUGUGGUUCCAUUUGAGUUGGUCAAAAUCAGAUUGCAAGAUGUGUCUUCUAAGUUCACCAGCCCAGUUGCUGUUGUUAAGGACAUUGUUCAAAAAGAAGGUAUUUUGGCUAUGUACAAUGGUUUGGAAUCUACUAUGUGGAGACAUGGUGUCUGGAAUGCAGGUUAUUUCGGUAUCAUUUUCCAAGUUAGAGCUCUUCUACCAACUGCACACACCAAAUCUCAGCAGACACGUAAUGAUUUGAUUGCUGGUACUGUCGGUGGUACCAUUGGUUCCAUGCUUUCUACCCCAUUCGAUGUCGUUAAAUCUAGAAUUCAAAAUACUGCUGUCGUUGCAGGUGUCGCAAGAAAGUACAACUGGAGUUGGCCAUCUUUGGGAACUAUCUAUAAGGAAGAAGGUUUCAAGGCCCUUUACAAGGGCUUUGUUCCUAAGGUUUUGAGAUUGGGACCAGGUGGUGGUAUUCUAUUGGUUGUCUUCACAGGUGUUAUGGACUUCUUUAGAACUAUCCAUGAGGGGAAGUAA